ACCUCGGCGGUGGCCCGAAGCAUGAUGGGCUGUCACGACCGUACGUACGAGUUCCUGGUCCGGUACAGCGAAAACCUCAGGGAGACAGAGGAGAGCAUUCGGUCCAACGUCCGCAUGUUCAUCGACGACGUGAGCGGCUGGGGCAACGAGAUCGGCCUGGUCACCCGCGAACUGCGGACGGCGCUCUCUAGCGGCUCUCUCCCCCCAUCGUCGGCCCGGCGUACCCAGAGUGCGGACACGCUGCCCUCCCCGACGCCCGCCUCCAGUGACGCGAACCCGCCCGGUCCCCGGCCUCCAGUCGGCGUCAAGGACCUCGAGGACCGGCUACGGCUGCUUGUGGCCAAGGACCGCGGCCACCACAAGCCACCGGGACACUACAAUCCGGAGCAGGGCAUUGACACGCCGUUCCGACCGCAAAGCUACGGCAUGGACCGCGAGAUGGAAGACACGGAUGUCUACAACGCCACCAGGGAUCCUAAUUCCAGCAGCACUCGCGGGAGCGUCACUUUCCCGUCUCCGUGGUAUCCCGAUCGGCCGCCGAGGUUCGCGAUGUCCGAAGAUCGGGUGACGGAUCCUAAGCUCAUUCUCCUUGAGCGUCUAGGGAGACAUCUGACACCGAAGGGUCCCUCGGGGCAGCCUACACCAGAUGGUCCUCUGGGGCACCCGACACCUGAGGGACCCUUGGGCUACUCGACAGGUUCCUUGGGACACUUGACACCCGAUGGUCCCGUGGCACAGCCGCCACCGGACGGUCCCUUGGGACAACUGACAUGGGAGGCACAGAAGCCGGACGAAGCACGCGAGCAGCGACGAGAGGCGAUCGAAUUUAAGGGAGAGUCCACGGAGCAAGAGACGAAGAUUCUGGGGGACUCCAUCAGCCUCGGACAGCUGGUGGGCUUCACAGAGGACGGCAGCACUAGCGCGGCUUCGAGGAACAGCAACCUCGGCUUCACUCCCCAAGCAGAUGGUGCGGAGACCCGGCAGGCGAGAAGAGAGCAGGAGUACGACACUUGGGGACCGUCGCAGAGUUCCGAAGGUGUUGGGAAGCGGACUCCGGAUCAGCCACCGAAAGACGCGGAGAGCAACUAA